GAACCGAUUUAGUGUGACAUCAAAAUGGCUGCACACUAGAAAGUAGGCGAGUCGUUAGUAUUUUACGAAAGGUCACGCCGUCUCUGUUUGUACAGAAACAGCAGCUUGAAGUUGUCACCAGAAUUAAAGGUAUUUUAUACAGCGGUCAAAUGGCUUUGUUCAGUGAUGUUUGUCGCGGUGUUCGCACGCUACUGGGUCAAUGUCAGAGAUCGACGGCUGCAGCGGCGUGGGUUCAUUGUCAAUCAUCUCGGAAAUACAGUCAGACAGCACCUGAGCCAGAACCAGUCAUCAGUGUUAAUGAAGACAUCAAUAAAACAUUUGUUAACCGAAACCCAAGAAACCUGGAACAGAUGGCCCUGGCAGUGAAGGAUCGAGGCUGGGCUACGGUGUGGCCCUCCAGAAAGUUUUAUCACAGGUUGGUGUUCAGGCGCACGCAGCAUCACAUCACAGCCGAGGUGUACUCGCCUGACUCGGGAGAUCCAGUGGUGUCCUGCUCCACGAAGGAGUGGGCAUUGAAGCGCGAGCUGGGCUCCACGUGCUCAGUAGCAGCCUGCCGUGCCGUAGGUGAGGUGCUUGCUCAACGGUGUUGUGAAGCGGGCAUCACACGCAUUGUUUAUCGAGAGGUACCGUGGAAAUUUCGAUCAGAGUCGAAUCAGACAUUCUGGUCAGCCAUGAAAGAAGGUGGUGUCGUGCUUGGUGAACAAAGAAGAAAAUUCAUUUAAGUUGCAACCUCUCUUUUUUUUUUUUUUUUUAUUAUUAUUACUGUUCUGAAAUGUGGUGUUUGUCUGUAAAUGUAAAUAUUAUCACUAACGGAAGGGUCCUUAACACAUUAUAGUAAUUUGAUUAUUGGUAUAUAAAUCGUUGCUUUGACAUUAAAAUUAUGCAGUGAUUUUUGCAAAUAUAAAA